GAUAUCUGAAUAUAUCGCUCAUUUGCACCCAGGCAUCAUCUGUCAAAGUAAGAAUGUCUUUGGCUGUGAAGCAAUUACAAUCAGCUGAAAAGACACACAUCUGCCAGUGGCUACGGUGACAGGUUCUGUUGAUAAAAGUCACAUCAAAAACACAUCAAAGGAACAUCCCCAGCCCACCAACUCCUGGCUUCUAUUUUCAUCUUUCUGCAGCUCUCCAGCUUUUUUUUUUUUUUAGGCUUUAGGCAGCAUGUGUCCUUCGAGAAAAAUGGAAAAAGACAACAGGGAACGUGUCCUGUUCUCUGCUCUGCAUAGAAAUGCACAGGAAUACAAUGUGUUGACUGAUUAAUGCCCACUGAGCUUUUUGGCACAAGUGUCCCGUGUGUGUGUGUGUGUGUGUGUGUGUGUGUGUGUGUGUGUGUGUGUGUGUGUGUUUGGAUUUGCCGUCUAGACACUCGCCCAAUCAGCUAAUUAAAUUUUUUAAAAAGGAGAAUUCCUAAUAUAAUUCGUCAUUAUGCCAAACAGGCUAUGAUAGGAUUAUAAUGUCACUUCUUAUUACUCAUGUAAUGAUGAUGCACAUGCGCAAUCAGUUCUUCCCCCUUCUCGCGCCAACUGAGCCCAAUCUUAAAACCGCGAGCAGCCGCAGACUGAUCCGUUUAUUUGAGAGGAAGAGUCUCAGUUUGAUACAGACUUGAGCUCUGCAGGAACACCGUCCUUGCACUGGAAAACUGUGCUCAUCUGACAGUUUUUUUUUCCUUUCAAUUCCCUGAGAGAAGAGUGAGGAUGAAUCAGAAGUUCACCAGCUCCUUUUUCUCACAGGGGCGUCUCUCAUCUUGACCAAUGGGAUUAGGAUGAAAAGGUGAAAGUUGGAUUUUGUAAAUCAGUGGUUCUAACAUGCGUUAAUCCGGACUACUGACUUCAAUGUGCGGGGGGUGUGAGGAGAUACACAGUUGGUCAAGUUUGAAAUCAAAGCCCAGAAAACGGAGUCCAGCUGAGAGGAUGUAUGUAGUCUGGAUCUUUCUCUUGUUCGUUGAGGAGGGAUUUGCUCUGGCACAAAAAACCAAAGAUGGAGGUGCAGGAUCAAAAGGGGUAAAACCUUCUCAGUGGCCGCAGCAUUCUCGUCACUGUGGAAACUGGGUACGAAACACAGAUGGUGGGACCUUCAGCUCCCCAAACUACCCGAAAACGUACCCUCCCAACAAGGAGUGCCUGUACGUACUGGAAGCCUUGCCCCGGCAGAGGAUUGAGCUGCUGUUUGAUGAGAACUUCUACAUUGAGGCCUCAUUUGAGUGUCGUUUCGACCACAUCGAGGUGCGGGACGGUCCUUUCAGUUUCUCUCCGCUCAUCAAUCGAUUCUGUGGCUCUGCCAGUCCUGGACUCGUCCUCUCCAGUGGACGCUUCAUGUGGAUCCGCUUCUUCAGUGAUGAAGAGCUGGAGGGGAUUGGCUUCCAGGUUCAGUACAGCUUUACUGCAGACCCUGAAUUUCAUCUGCACGUGGGAGGACUCUUAAACCCCAUUCCAGAUUGUCAGUUUGAGCUGUCUGGGGCUGAUGGCCUGAUCCGUUCUAGUCAGGUGGAGGAGGAGUAUAAAGUAAAGCCAGACCAGGCAGUGGACUGCAUCUGGACUAUACGCGCCCCAACAAACAACAGGAUUUACCUGCGGUUCUUGGAAUAUCAGAUGGAAAACUCAAAUGAAUGUAAGAAGAACUUUGUGGCUGUUUAUGAUGGCAGUAAUGCCAUCGAGGACCUAAAGGCCAAGUUUUGUAGUACAGUAGCUAAUGACAUCAUGCUGGACACUGGUGUGGGAGUAGUGAGGAUGUGGGCUGAUGAGGCAAGCCGUCUCAGUCGUUUCCGGAUGCUGUUCACAUCUUUUGCUGACCCACCCUGUGUAGGCAGUGCAUUCUUUUGCCACAGUAACAUGUGCAUCAACACUUCUCUGGUGUGCAACGGCAUACAAAACUGUGUCUUCCCUUGGGAUGAAAGCAACUGCAAAGAGAAAAAGAACAAAGGUAUUUUUCACCAGAUCACAAAGACUCAUGGGACAAUAAUCUGUGUGUCUACGGGAGUGGUGCUGCUGCUUCUCAUCGUCUCCAUUCUCGUGCAAGUCAAACAGCCACGUAAAAAGGUGCUGGUACGUAAGAAUAACCUGUUCCAGCGGGGCGACUUCCAGGAGGUGUUUGACCCUCCGCAUUAUGAACUCUUUACUCUGAGAGACAAGGAGAUGUCUGGGGACCUUGGGGAGUUAUCAGAGGAACUCCAGUCCCUGCAGGCGCUCAGAAGAUCUUCAUUAGGCUCACGCUGCAUUCACGAACAUCACUGUGGCUCUCAGGCCUCUAUCAACUCCAUCAAAGCCAGCCAGGGUGCACAUGGCAUAGGCAGGGGAUCCAUGGAGCUCCCCCCUUUCAGAGGGGACAUCCAGAGCGCCUUACCACCUUUCCGGGACUUGAACAGCAGCCUGCGUAAGAAGAGCUGGCCUAGUAUGAAACCAGAUCGAAUGCAGGGGCAUCAUGGUAUGGGGGAUAGAGCAUCUGGGCGGCAGGAUAGAGUGAUGGAAGAGGAUGAAGAGGAGGAGGAGGACGGACGGUACGAUGUGUAUGUGCGCAGAGCAGGAAGCAGAAGAGGGAACUAUGAAAUGGCCCAGCAAAGAUCCUUGUCCAUGGACUUCUGAAGAGAAAAGGUGCAAUAAUAAAGACAAAGUUGGCAUGUUAAAUACUGCAACAACAAGUUUUCAACCAGUGCCACAAUUUGGGGGAAGAACAGUGCAGAUUUACAGGAAAGAGGAAGAAGAGGAGACUGGGCUGUCAUUUAACACCUCAGAGAGGAUGUGUCUCACUUACCUUCUUUAUAUUAAUGAUAUCGAUUAUAAAGAAGUGAUUCUCAACUUCUCUUUUUUCACUUGCCUCCUUUUGCAGGGAGGUUGGAAAACACAGUGUGUGUUACAGAGCUUUUAGCAAUUUUAGAUACGUGCCAUCAAUUCUGAUUGGACACAGGAAAACAAACUGAAACAGCUGACAGAAAGCUGUAUUUGUGAUCAGUGUAAAAGACAGACAAUAAUGCUGUGUAUUGUUCUUGUUAUCAAUGUAUUUGGUUAAAUACAUUUUAUUGUAAAGCAAAUAGAAUUGUUGAAAUAUGUUUUGAUAAGUGUUGAGGUUAUGAAAAGAUGUUUUAAGAGGAAGCACUAUUACAUGCUGAACAAACAAUGGAAAAAUCACUUCUCAGUUUUUGUUUGAUUUGUUAAUACCUGUAUUAAAGAAUAAAUAUCUACAUCUCUGCACCACUGGAUAAGGAAAAGUUUCACUUUGCCUUUGAUGU